AUGUCCCAAGAUGAAAAAGGAAUCUGUCCUGUGGGUGGAGAUUGGUAUACAUGCACAGCUCAAUCACCAACCUUCUUUGGUUGUUGUAUCAGUAAUCCAUGCCGUGGUGACAAUAGAGGAUGUCCCACUUCCAACUUGCGAGCUGCUGGAAUAGGAAGUGGUACCAAUCCGGAUACCACAGAGAAUGGAACCUAUUUUCCUAACACGCAAUGUGCGAAAGGGCUGUGGUGGACCUGCGAUGUCCCUCAACGACCUACAUUCCAAGGAUGUUGUGAAGUCAAUCCGUGUAAUGGAGUCGGUUGCCCAGCAGGUUCUCUCCAGCCAGCAGCUUUCAAAACAAUUCCUUCGGAGCUUUCACCUACUGCCACAAGUGCUUCCAGCUCAUCAAUUCUUUCUGCAACUCAGACAUCCAAUUCGACUCCAUUGCCAAAGAACACCAGCUCUGGUGCUAAUAUUGGAGCAAUCGCUGGAGGGGUUGGUGGAGGUCUUGCGAUACUCCUCAUAGGUUUGACGAUCUUGUGGUUUUGUCGAAGACGGAGGCACAAGCAGUCUGUUGCAGGAGCUUACUUGGCGGGUGCUUCCGAACAUUCUCCAAUCAACGAAUCUAAGUCACAAAAGCCUAAUCGCUACUCUCUUCUAGGCAUGCCGAUCUCGAAGAAAUACAUUCCAGUUUCCCUGAGCUCGCCACCAUUGAGCCCUGGCCCUCCGCCUUAUCAGAGCCCCCAACAAUCACCAAAUCCCAAUGUUCACGAGAUCGACUCGACCCACCUCCAUGAAGUUGCAGAUGACGUUCCACCUACUGCCGCAGUUCAAGCACUCCGUAGGGGCCCAAUGGCACAUGAACUGGAUACCCCGACCGCAAAACCCAUUAUGCAGAGCGUCAACGAAGUAGUUGGAGUGCCAAAUCCCGCUCAAGAGAGCAGAUGGGCAACAAGGCCGACUGGAAUGGCGAUUGUUGAGAUUGGAGAUGGAACUCCUCAAGGUAGAGCUGCCUCGCCUGUUAGUGCAAUGCAAAGUCCCAACCUGAAUCAACGUGAGAGCACAGUCAGCCAUGACAGUCCUCGAAGUACCUUUGUCAUUGGGAUGGCGCGUCCGAACGAAAAUGAGAUUCACCAAGAAGGCCAGCAGGGUUUUGUGGGCUGGCAGAAUCUGAAGCCAUGA